AUGGAUGUAGCGUGCUCCGUGCCAGCCACUGUGCUGAGCCCUUUGCCUACAUAUGAGCUCACUGAGCCGGAUGGGGGACACGGGUCCUCCCCACAGCAUCUGUGCCCGCAGGGGCCAUCCGGCUGCAGGAAGCAGUGCCAGCGGGACUACUACCUGGACAGAGCCAACCGGUGCACAGCCUGCGUGAGCUGCAAAGACGACCUUGUGGAGAAGAAGCCAUGUUCGGGGAACUCCCCCCGCGUCUGUGAGUGCCGGGCUGGCCUGUUCUGUGCCACGUCAGCCUCCAACUCCUGUGCCCGCUGCUUGCCCCACUCUGUCUGCCCCCCAGGGACGAUUGUCAAGUUCCCCGGCACAGCGCAGAGGGACACCGUCUGCGAGUCCCCUUCCCCGGGGACCAGCCCUGACUGUGGCACCAGCCCGGAGGACUGCAGGGCGCCUGCCAGCGGCACCACCCCUCCGGCCAAGCCCACCCUGACCUCAGCCAGCUCCGAUGCCAGGACCCCGCUUCUUGAAGGGGACACUCCUCUCACCCCCGAAGCUGAUUCCAAAAUGAUGAGGGCUCCCAACUCCCUCUCCCCCGUGGGGAAGCCCAGGCUGGAUCCAGGGCUGUCCCCACAGCGCCUGUGCCCUCUCGGGUCCGCCGACUGCAGGAAGCAGUGUGAGCGGGACUACUACCUGGACAGGGACGGCCGCUGCACAGCCUGCGUGAGCUGCUCGGGAGAUUACCUCGUGGAGAAGACACCUUGCACGUGGAACUCCUCCCGCGUCUGUGAAUGUCGACCUGGCAUGAUCUGUGUCACGUCAGCCACCAACUCCUGUGCCCGCUGCGUCGCCGGCCCUGUUGUCCCACCCCAGGUGGUCACCACAUGCCAGGGCGAAGCUGAGAGGAACACCACCGACGAGCCGCCUCACCUGGGGACCCACCUUAACCGCAGCACCAACCCAGAGGAUGGCGAGGUGCCGACCAGCACCGGCGCCUCCCACAUCUCCCUGGCCGGAAAGGGGCAUGGAGGAGGUGCCACCCAUGCCCGGGAGGACGCCUCCCUCUCAACAAGUGCUCCUGUCUCUUUCUCCUCCGCGGGGAGACCCAUCCUGGUUUCAGGCCCCGUGCUCCUCUGCCUGCUGGCGCUGCUGGCGGUGGUCGUCUGCGCCGGCUCCCUCCUCCUGUGCCACCGCAGGGCCUGCUGGAAGUGGAUGCAGCAGAAGCUCCACCUGUGCUACCCGGUCCAGACCUUCCGGCCCAAGCCCGAGGCUGCGGAUUCCAGGUCCCCGAGGAACCAGACAGAGCUGAAGAGCCUGCUGGUGACAGGGCCCCGCACAGAAGCGCUGGGGUUAAUGAGCCCCCCGGCUGUGGAGCCCUGCACCCACGUGGGGGCAGCCGGCCUGGAGAGCCUGCCGCUGGUGGGGGCGAGUCCAGCCGGGAGCCCCUCGUCCCCCAGGGACCUUCCCGAGCCCCGGGUGACCACGGAACAUACCAACAACAGGAUCGAGAAAAUCUACAUCAUGAAGGCCGACACAGUGAUCGUGGGGACCGUGAAGACCGAGGCGCCGGAGGGCCGGGGCCUGGCGGGGCCGGCGGCGCCCGAGCUCGAGGAGGACCUGGAGAUGGACCAUGCCCCACACUACCCGGAGCAGGAGACGGAACCACCUCUGGGCAGCUGCGGGGAUGUCAUGUUCUCGGUGGAGGAGGAAGGGAAGGAGAACCCCUUGCCUGAGACGGCAUCUGGGAAGUGAGGCCUGGCCGGGGCUGAGAGAGCAGCUGGGUGCCCCUGGGACUGGGCGGCACGGUGGGCCACGCUGGUGCAGAGGCCCAUCUGCUGACCUGAGUGUCCAAGCACCCAGUGGUCAAUGCAGGAGGGGCCUGGGUCUCUACCUGCAUCCUCACCCAGCUGCCCCCACCCUGACCCUGGGGCAGUGGCCUGUGCAGGGGAGACAAGCAGGGUGCUGGAUUUGAAUGGCGAUGUUUGCUGGGGCAACAGAAAGACAGACAGUAGGGACUGAACGCUUCGCCUCUGCUGCUACUGAGAAGAUACCCCACAGUCCUGGCAUGGGCCCCCCGCCCUCCAGAGUGGAGCCCACCUGAGGCAGAGGCCAUGAGGCCCAUACCCCAAGCCUUUUCCCCUCAACUGGGCCCCUGGAGAGAUACCCAUGGGGCCUUGCUACCAGGCCAACAGCCCGCAGUUACUGUAAAUUCGGCCCGCAGUGGCCUCGAGCCAGUGCCUGUGGUUUCUCCUCCGUCAGAAGGGAAACAGAGGACUCAGGCGGCCGGCUGGCCCAUCUCAGCCACUGCAGCCAUGCUGUGCUCUGUGCCCUAGGCCUGGUGGUGCCCAGCCUGCCUCCAACCCUGCGUGGGCCGAGGGGGGACCCACCUGGUGCUGCCCCUUCCCUGUUCUGUGGACCCUCGGUGGGUCCCCGGCCUAGGAUCAACUCGCUCAUCUCAGAAUGUCCCUACCAGUCCCAGCGACGGUGGGCCCUUCGGGGUCCUUGCCUGCUCGGUGGGCACCGCCCGCUCUGUCCUGGGAAAUGAAGAUGCCCUUCCCUGGAUAUGCCGCCCUCGUGGGUCCCGACGGCACCAGGCCUGCCUCUUGCAGCAGCUGCUCCGCACCUGUGUUGGGACAUGGAUGUCAAAAGCCGCGUCUGCCUUAUCCUGGGCUUGGGGGGAAGCUCUGCGUAGCUCAUAUGGGGUCAGGAUGUGUGCAUCGCACACUAAGGAAUAAUCGGUCAGCUGGCCUGCUCUCCCAGGGCUUUCAGACGCAUGUACACAGGCGCGUGGCCUUGGAAAAGGACCCGUGGGCAGAUGACAGGGGGUGGCAGGCCGGGCACCGAGUCUCGGGUCCUGGAAUUACCCUCCGAAGCCAGUCCUGAAAGCUGCUGUUUACACACCAGCCGCUCGUCGCUGGAGGAAGUCGGGGCCGGGUCAGGAAUCGCAGGGGCCGUUUCUGAGACCUCUCAGGUAUUUUGGGGGAAGUUGGAGAGGCCGUUACACCAGAACCUGGAGAAGUUCAUGUGGGAUGGGUGAUCUUUGCCCAAAUGCCUGUGUGGGCGGCUCUGCACCCGAGCCUCCGUGCCCUAAGUCAGCACGCGCCCAGCACCUCGUGGGCAGGGCUCGGGCUGCCUGUGGGGGCCCUGACAUCUGCUUAAUGAAAUGACGCACUCCCUCGUCCAAGAGCCCUUCACAGAACAUGAUCUUUUAAAAACUCACAAAGUUCCUUACCAAUGACCAUAAGGCUGAGGACUCUCUCAUGGAGACUGAGAGUCUUCGAGAAGCUCUGAGGACGGGGAUCCCGCCACCCCUCUGCCCGGCCUCUGGGGACAGGGCGCUGCUGCCCGCAGAGCCACCCCUCCGCUGCUGGAGGGUCUUCCUCCCUGUAACUCCCGCGCCCUGGCCCAGGCCUGCCUCGAGGACACUCUGAAUAAAGCUGCUCUACACCAGGCUCCCUGUGGGUGUUUGCAGAAGGGGCUGUGGGGAGGGGGCAUCACAGAAGCUGCACAGAUGCCCCAGCCUGGGGGUCACAGGGAGGGACUGAAGGGU